AUGGUGUCCUUAUUUAGACCAGGCAGCUGGCUCCGCACAAUAACAGGCGCAUUAGUGUUCCUCUCAUCGUUCCUGGCAGUUGCUUCCGCAGUCAAUGUGUGCUCAUUGCCGUCGUUAGUACUUCUGGUGUUUUCAAGGAAGGCGUAUAGAACGUAUAUACGGUAUACGCAGCAAGUAUUCGCAAGUUGGAUUGUCAUUGUCACUUGGGCUUGUGCUGGUCCUAUCGAGCUAGUCCUGACGGGCGAUUAUGACAGAUUGGCAAAAGAACAACAGGUUGUCAUAAUGGCAAAUCACCAAACUUAUACUGACUGGUGGUGGAUUUGGUUACUAGCCCGUCGAUCGUAUUCACAUGGCGACCUAUUUAUAAUGCUCAUGGACAUCUUAAAGUACAUACCGAUAGCCGGCCAAGGAAUGUGGUUUUUCGACUUUAUCUUCUUGAAGAGGAAAUGGGCUCUCGACAAACAAUUAAUCCACACCCGCAUGACAAACCUACGCAAAGACGGCCUCCCCUACUGGCUAAUAAUCUUUCCAGAAGGUACCCUAAACACACCACCAGGAAAGAAACUGUCGAACGAAUAUGCCAAAAAGAUGGAUAUAUCACCUCACCCCGUCCAUGUAUUACUGCCACGAUCUACAGGACUACAGUAUUGUUGUACGAAUCUACAGCCCGAGCUGCAAACAUUGUAUGAUUUGACUAUAGGAUACUCGGGUAUAAGUGCUGAUGAAAUACCGUAUUAUAAGCAUCUACCAUCUACAGUGUAUUUUGCUGGAAAUGGACCACGAAGGGUUUACAUCCAUGUGAAACGAUUCGAUUUGGCUAGUUUGCCUGGAAUGUCACCUCCUGAAGCCAAGGAAUCGAGUAGUAGUAUUAGGAAAAGUAGGAAUAACAACAAUGUCAGUACUAGCAACGGCACCCAUAAGCGACAUACAACCAACAACACCAGCACCACAACCACUAAAACAACAGCAGAAACAGAAGAUGAAGAACGUAAAGAAUCCUUCAACCUAUGGGUCCGAGACAGAUUCUACGAAAAGGAUGCCAAACUAGUCGACUUUUUCGAACGUGGUGAAUUCCGUCAUGAAACUGGUACAGCGAGGAAGGGUGAUGUAACUGUAAUCAAAAUCAUACCGACACUACGAGAUUGGUUGUUUGUUACAGCCGCUUGUUCCGUACUGUGGUUUUGCAGUUUGGCUCUACUGGCAACGCUGAUACACCAGUUUUGGUCUGCUUCGGAAGGGUGGUCAAUGAUGGGCUUGUAA